AUGGAGUACGGAUACUUAAGUGGAGCCGGCGGUGGGUUUGACGGCGCUUGCUUGGGCACUGGAAGUGGUGAGCUAUCAUGGGGCGAGUUAGCCUCGUGCGGGCAGAUGUCGCAGGCUGCCUACCGGUACCAAGGCAUGCGGUAUCAGCCUCCUCCUCCACAGUGUGCACGACCACAAGACGCCGCUAUGAGGAAUCACCACAUUUUUCCACCAUCCAUGAACUUACAGCCGGGUCUGCCAUACAAAGUGUACGGAAGUCACGAAGGAUCACUAACGGAGAAACGGAAGCAGAGAAGAAUCCGAACGACUUUCACUUCAGCACAACUUAAGGAGCUAGAACGAGCUUUCCAGGAGACGCACUAUCCAGAUAUCUACACAAGAGAAGAGAUCGCUAUGAAGAUCGACCUCACGGAGGCAAGAGUUCAAGUGUGGUUUCAAAAUCGGCGUGCAAAGUUUCGUAAGCAAGAAAGACUGGCUCAGCAGAAGGCGGGUGAGGCUCCAGUGAAGGCAGAGGGCAAGAGAGACAAACCCUCGUCACCGGCGCCAUCACCGCACCCAGCCCCUUCCGCCCCUGUCCCGCAACCCGCCCAUCACGCACUGCCGCACCUUUCACCACCAGACUUGAAACCUAUCACAUCUGCAGCAAACAAAUUAUGCGAAGAAUUAAACGGCGUUGGUGGGGUGAAUGAACUGCCUCCGGUGAGUGGUACCGGCGGAAAAUGGACUGGAGGAUGCGGUCUCCUGCGACAACCCUCAGGCUUCCCGCUCCUGGCGCCCCACAACUAUUUACUCUCUGAUCAUCUCGGUACCCUGGCUAAGACGAACAAUCACCUUUUCUAAUGGAAAUCUUUCAUCUAGUCAGUAUUCUUACUAGAAAAGCAAUGUGUUACCACGCACUGGAGCGUUGCUUCUUAUUCCGAACAGAGCUGCGGAAAUGUUAUUAGCCAAAUAUAAUAUAUUUAUAAAACAUACAUAGUCAUCACAUGAAUUAAAUUAAUUUUUGGUUUAUUUUAAGUGGAUCGUAUAGUAUCCGAACACGGAUUUGAAUUUUAUCAUAU